UCAUUAUAAAUAAAAUAAAAAAUUUUUUGGUUACCGAUAGCUAUUCUCGAUAAUAAAAAUUCCUCAAUCGAUAAUGAAAACUAAUUUCCCUAGAUUUUAAUCACGUGGUUUUAUUAGGUUUUAUUCAUUGUUUUUAUUUACAAGUCGUGACUCUUUAAAUAAAGUUUUAAUUUAAUUAUUAUAAGAAAUUGCAAUUAUAAUACCAUAUGAUUGUUAUAUAAUUUUCAUAAAAGUUGCAAAUAAAACACUAAAUUUUAAUUUCAUUUUCUUGAUAUAAGAAUUUUUUAUAUUCGUAUAGUUAAUGAUUAAAAAUGACACAUAAGAAAUGUUUAUCAUUUACUUUACCUGUUUAGACGAGGUUGUGCGAAUGUGCAUGGAAUAAUUGAUCUAUUAUCAAAGUAACUAUAAGUAUUAUUAUAUUAUAGUUAAAUAUCAUCUUCAUUUAUGAAAAUAUAAAUGGAUUUGGACGAUGACAUGUUCGAGCUUAGCGAUGAGGAGUUGCCGAUUCCAACUCCAAAGUGCAAUCCUAUAGAGGCACAUUUAAUGAAAACAUUGUCGAAUGUGCAAACUCGAAUCGAAAAAACAACGAAUGACAUUAAAGAAGUUCAGGAUAUGACGAAACGUAUUUCAGAAUCUUUGUACAAUCAAGCUCUGUAUGGAAAAGACAUAUCUUCGGACUCCGAUAGUGAUUUGUAUGCAAUAAAUGGACAACCAGUAGUAAAGAAGAAAAAAUGCAAAGUCAAGAAGUUCCAUUAUGAGAUUUUGGUAAUAAAAAGCAGUUGGAAAUAUAUUUUUAAUGACAAAUGGGUUAUUGGAAUAGAACUAAUGAACAAUUCGAAUAAGAAAAUAAGAAAUCCCCAGGUUUACAUGUCUCUCGCAGAGGACGACGAUCUUUGUGGUAUGUCGAUGAUUUGGAACUUGGAGAACGAAACAUUUGGAUACCCAAUCAAUGAGAUUCGGCCAUCUAGCAAAGUCGUUGCUACCGUCGUUCUCGAUUUACCAAAAUUUGAUAAAAAGCACUUCUGUGAGGUGUAUGGUACAAUCGCCUACGAAGUCGAAGAAACAGAAUAUCAAGUUCCAGUACCUAUUAUCCGUCUUACAAUCGAAGACACUAUCGACGAUAGUUACCAAGUCAAAUUUCUAACCGCUGGAAACCAUGUUAGCCCAAUAGGAACGAAUGAUAUCGUGCCAAUGAUUUUAGCAUUAAGAAGUACAUCGGUGGAAAAAAAUAUAAAUGCACAAAUAAAAGGAGUUCCUGAAAGAAAUAAAGAAUUUCUGAAGUUCUUGAAAGAAAAGUCUUUCCAAGAAAUCUAUACAAAUACUUAUAUUGUACAGACAACUGGAUGCCUGAUGCACUGUUUGAUUGAAAUAUUGCCUAACACCAAAACACAGGAAAAAUUAAGAAUUUCUGCAAGAUCUAGCCACCAAAUGAAUAUAAUAUUACGGCUUGUAAAAGAAUAUUUUCCGGAUAUCGUGAUUGAAGAAGAUGUUAAUCCCAUUCGUGCUGCGAUGGCCCUCAUGGAGGAAUUAAAAUUAUAUCUCCAGGACACGAGCACCGCCACGCGACAAAUGGCGAGAAUAAAAACUGACCUACUUAUCCCGUGAACAUGGUAAAACAGAUUUUGUUCAUUAACGGGGGAAUAGAUUUGACGUACAUGUACAUACCAGUUAUACUAAAAAAUGAGAUCCUUAACCUCAAAUAAAUGAGUAAACAAAUA